GCGCUCCGUGCAAGGAGGGCGUAGAGAGCCUACAUACGGGACUUCCGUCUAGAGUGGUGUCAGCCUUUGACACACCACAUGCCGCCGGCCGCCAAAACACAUAGUUGCCCGAGAGAGACGCAGCGCCAUCUUGGUCCCCACACCAGUUUGCUCUGUGCUUGCCGCCGUGAGCCGUGCAGCGGAAUCGCGUUUAAUCCUCGUCUAGGCAGCGUCGAAGGCUGUGGAAACGUGUUAAAUGCGGUCAGCGAAGCCUGAUGAGCAAAAAUGCCUGGUUGUUGCGUACCUCUGUGCACUAACCACUGCAGGAAGGGCGUGUGAAUGUUUCGCUUCCCAACCAGCCCGAGCCGAAGAAAACGCUGGCUCGCGCAAGUGAAGCGAGACUGCUGGGAGCCCACCACCGCUUCACGUGUUUGCUAUGCUCAUUUCGAAGAUUCAAGCUUCGAACAGAAAAGGCAAGAUGGCUUGAAGAAAUUGAGGCCAGAUGCCGUUCCAACAGUUUUUGCUUUUCGAGCCGCCCCCAAACAUCGGAAGCCACCAAAGAAGCGCAGCUGUCCUGUGCAGCCUUCCUGCGAUGCCACCCCUGCAACUUCCCCGGAGCCACACCAGCCUUUAGAUAGCGAUUCGACUAAGAUGGAUGACAGUGCUCCAGUGCCAACCUUAGUUGUAGAAGAAGAAUCUUGUCAUGCCGGAAAUGAAAACGCUCAUGAAUUGACAUCUGCGAUGGCACCGUGCUUGUUCCCACAGCACCCCAAUGGCAUUCCUGUUCCAAACAGCACGAACAGUGUUGGUCAGUCACGCGAUGUCAGCGCCACACAUCAACCAUUUGGAGGCAAUGCAGGCUCAUCUUCGGUGACCAUCGGGCAAGAAAAUGCAGAGUUACGCAAGAAAACUAGUGAUCUCACUCGCAAGUACAUAAACUUGCAGAGGGUUCACGAUAAAACAAGGUUGAAGCUACAGAGCCUGAGAAAAAAAGUGUCCUCACUUGAAAAAGAAGUGUGCGCACUGAAAUCGGCAUCAUUUCUCAAUGAAGACCAAGUGAAAUCUUUGACAAUGGAGACAACGAAGGGCCAUAAGUGGUCUGAAAAGACCAUACGAGUGGCACUUCAGAUAAAACAUGCGUGUGGCACAACAGGCUACGAAAUGCUGAGAUCUUUGUCGUACCCGAUUCCGAGCAACAGGACCUUGAUCCGAAGGCUUCAAAACAUUCGCUUCCUGCCUGGCAUUCUCCAUGAAGUGUUUAAUGUUUUAAAGCACAAGGUAGAGGCAAUGGAAGAUAUUGAAAAGGACUAA